UGAGUGUGUGCAAUGUUGUGUAUUGUUAUGAAAUUUUCUGAAGAAUAAUUUCAAAAAUAUAACAUGGCUAGACCAAAAUAUCUUACACAAGAGGAGUUGGAAACACUAUUGAAUGAGACUGACGACGAAGAUGCCGACAUUAGCGAUGACGAAUGUGAAUUACAAGAAGACAGUUUGAUUGAAACAAGUGAUUCUGAUGUUGAAGAACCGGACGAUAUCGAAAUUGAUGGCUCAGCAGACGAUAUUGAAAUUGAUGAAAAUGCUGAUCCAACGUUUAUUUCAAAAGAUGGCAUAGUUUGGAACUCUGAACCAGUGACAGAUCGAAGUGGAAGAUUGCGUAAAGAAAACGUUAUCACACUUCGUCCGGGACUAACAAGAUUUGCAAAAAACCGUGUUGAUUCUAUCAAAGAUGCAUUUCUCCUUUUCUUUCCAUCACCAGUUGAAAACAUUAUUUUGAAGAAUUCGAAUGCGUAUGCAAAGGCGACGUAUGGCGAAAAUGCCAUUGAAAUCGAUUCAAACUUAUUACAUGCGUAUAUCGCUGUACUAAUCUUGGCCGGUGUAUACAGAUCAAAAAAUGAAAAUUUGGUUGAUUUAUUUGACGGUGAAUAUGGCCGUCCAAUUUUCAGAGCGAUCAUGUCAAAGAAAACAUUCCAAUACAUGAGCCGAGUUAUGCGUUUCGAUGAUGUCAUGAACAGACGACAACAAAAAUCCACCGACAAGUUUGCAAUGCCAUCCAAACCAGAAAAAUAUGGCAUAAAAUUUUGGCAAUUAGUUUGUUCUGAAACAUGUUAUGUAUGGAAAAUACAGCCAUAUUUGGGAAAAGCCGUUGGUGUUGAUUCGGCUGAAAAAGGACAAGGUGCACGCGUAGUAUUGGAUCUUAUUGGCGGACUGAAAGGUCACAACGUAACAAUGGAUAACUUUUUCUCAUCUUAUGAACUUGGGCAGAAAUUGCUAUCAAAAGGUCUCACAAUGGUUGGUACGAUGCGAAAAAAUAAAAGAAGCAUUCCACCAAAGCUCCUUGAAUGUAAAAAAGUUCCUUUGUACCAGUCAACUUUUGCAUUCACGAAAGACACAACACUCGUUUCAUAUGUCGGACGAAAAAACAAGUGCACGAUUUUGCAAAGCACAAUGCAUAGUUCAAAUGAUGUAGGAUCCGGCGACAAAAAAUUGCCCGAAAUUAUAGAAUACUACAACAAAACUAAAGGUGGUGUGGAUACGGUUGACAAGAUGCUUUCGUGUUACAGCUGUAAGCGCAAAACAAAUCGUUGGCCUAUGGUCGUGUUUUCGAAUAUAAUCGAUAUUUCAGCCUUGAACGCAUUUGUCAUUUUCAAAGAAGUGUCACCGAAUUGGCAAACAACACAGAAAACUACAUUACGACGCAAUUUUCUACGGGAACUUGGAUAUUCUCUUGCGCAGCCAUACAUGGAUAUGAGAAAAGGUGUGCCACGAUCUGAAUCAUCAGCAUCGCUUCUUUCAGCGAGCCGAGAAUCCCUACAAUGGCGUGAAAGUUCACCAGCUAUUCAGUCUUCGUCUUCCUCCAUUUCUCGUGAGUCUUCGAUGUCACGUGAAGGUUCACCAACUUUGCUACCAUCUACAUCAUUCGAAAUUCCUCGUAAAAGAGCAAAAAGUGUUCCAUCGGUGUCGAAAGGCAGAUCAAGAUGUCACAUGUGCUAUACUGAGAAAUCCGCCAAUAGAAAUAAUAUGCAUGAAACUAUCUGUUGUUUUUGUACUAAAGGUGUUUGCAAAAGCACCCAUAAUCGAAAUGUGUGCGUGAAAUGUAUUGUAGAACGCCUACUUUAAAAACAAAUCACUUUUAAUGUAAUGAUUUUUGAAAAAAAUCAAGUAAAAUCAAAAAUAUCUUCAAAAAAUCUGUCAAAAUAUGUGUUUUCCAUACAAAUUCCAUAUGCGUAGAAAUCCACGCACAAGGGUAAAAUUUGUAAUUUUUUUUGAAGGGCA